CGAACAGCUGAUUGAAACAAAAACACUCGUUCGUCAACCAUGGUUCAUUUCAUUUUUGAUUACAUCGUCGUUGUGUCGUUGUGUUUUGUGUCGUGUAGUGUUAUUGACUGUGUUACAAAAUUUUGAAGUGUUUUGUUAGAUGUGGAACUAAUUAUAAGGGCGCCAUUAGGUAGAAAACAUUGAAGAUUCUUCACGUAGCUAGAUACGCACUUUCCACUUUAUUUUUAUCUUAAACUCAGGUCAUAUUAUCUAUGAGUGAUAAGAGUUUUGAUAACUUCAAUUAGUAUAGUUUUGAAUUAAAAUAAAACAAACUGGUAGAAGUGAAACCUAUUCCGCACUUCGUACAUUGAUCAUGGCCUCACGUAAAAGAGUUUUCGACUUGCUUCGGACGAUCGACAGAGUUUCGUGUCAAUGUCCUGCCCAUGGAUUCAGAGGAAAUUUCCAAGUAUCAUAUGAAACACCAGUUUUAGAUUAUGCGUUUGAGAUCAAAAGCUCCACCGUCAGGUACGGGAUAGGAGUUACCCGGGAAGUGGGUCAGGACCUGGUCAACUUUGGUGUCAAAAAUGUUUGUGUGAUGACUGACUCUAAUCUCGUGUCACUGAAGCCCGUCAAAGAAGUUUUAAAUUCCCUUACGAAGAAUGGUGUCAACUAUAAAGUGUACGACAAAGUACGAGUUGAACCUACUGAUACUAGUUUUAAAGAUGCCGUGGAUUUCGCGAAGAAGGGCAAAUUCGACAGUUUCGUGGCGAUAGGCGGGGGCUCCGUUAUGGACACUUGCAAAGCCGCCAAUCUCUACUACAGCGACCCCGAAGCAGAUUUCUUGGACUACGUGAACGCGCCCAUUGGGAAAGGGAAACCAGUCAACGUUAGGCUCCAGCCGAUGAUAGCAAUACCAACCACAAGUGGAACGGGCAGCGAAACGACCGGCACCUGUAUAUUCGACUUCGAAGAGAUACACACCAAGACUGGCAUCUCCCACAGUGCUUUACGGCCUAUACUGGCCAUUAUAGACCCUCUGCACUCCAUGACUAUGCCCGAAAAAGUCGCCAACUACUCUGGCUUUGACGUAUUCUGCCAUGCCUUGGAGAGCUUAACGGCGAUACCGUACAAUGAAAGGGGUCCCGCACCAUCCAAUCCUGCGUUGAGGCCUACUUACCAGGGCAGCAAUCCCAUUUCAGACGUGUGGGCCAGGUUCUGCUUACAGGUCAUCCAAAAGUACUUCAGCCAGUCUGUAUACAAUGCUGAUGACUUGGACGCACGCUCGUUCAUGCAUCUGGCAGCGACCAUGGCAGGCGUGGGCAUCGGUAACGCCGGCGUGCAUCUGUGCCAUGGGCUCGCGUAUCCCAUCGCUGGGAACGCUAAGACAUUUGUGCCUAAGGACUACGGAAAGGAUCCGAUGAUACCCCACGGGCUAUCGGUCGUGAUGACUGCCCCCGCUGUCUUCCGCUUCACCGCCGCUAGCGAUCCAGAGAAGCAUCUAGAAGCAGCCAACCUGCUUGGUGCCGACAUCACUGGUAAAAAGAAAGCCGACGCCGGCGCUGUACUGGCUGAUACCAUACUCAAGUACAUGCAAAAGAUGAAGAUCGAGAACGGACUGGCUGAAUUGGGAUACACGAAGGAAGACAUCCCUAGUCUAGUCAAAGGAGCACUGCCACAGCAAAGGCUGUUGCAGCUGACUCCUCUCCCGCAGUCCGAAGAAGACUUAUCUACCAUUUUGGAAGAAUCCUUGACUGUUUAUUAAUUUUAAUAGGUGUACAAUGUUCUUGUAUAUUUUUUACACAUUUACUCUGUGUAUAGGUAUUGGUAUUAAGAAUAAUGUAUGGCUCAAUGUAGUGAAAGAUGUUGACAUUUUAACUUGUAAUAAAAUUGUUAUAUUUUUA